AUGUCGCACGAGAGCUUGGGAAAGGCCAAGUCCAUGACACUACACUCUUAUAGUUUUCUGUGUUCAAAAGUCUUGAAAAUAUCUGGGUUCCAAUUACUUAACCUAGAAAUCCAAUGUCUUGGAUAUAUGAAUCUAACAGGAUUAUUGUCUAGGAUUGAGAUUUUUGAACCAAAGCUUGUGUCUUUCAUCUACAAACCGUCUCACGCAGUAGAUUUCUCUGGGCUCCACCUUCCGUCCCAUAACUAUCCCCAUAUUCAUGGUUGUACUAAGCAAGACAAGAAGAGAGAGGCCUAUCUGGACGCGAUCAAUCUUUUCAAAGGGCUUGGUAAUGCACAAUCUGUCAAGCUACAUUCAGAAACCAUUGAGAUGGAGGUUGAUGUAUGA